AUGGCCAACGCUCUCGACCACCUCAAUGCCGGCCGGACCAGGAUUGAGUGGCUCAGCCAGCUCAACACCGAGUACCACCCUGCGAAGGAGUACCGCCGAACCUCCAUCAUCGGCACCAUUGGCCCCAAGACCAACUCUGCGGAGAAGAUGAACGCUCUCCGCAGGGCUGGCCUCAACGUCGUCCGCAUGAACUUCUCCCACGGCUCGUACGAAUACCACCAGUCCGUCAUCGACAACGCGCGCGAAGCCGAGAAGCAACAGUCUGGCAGGCCGCUCGCCAUCGCCCUCGACACCAAGGGCCCCGAAAUCCGUACAGGUAACACUGUCGGGGAUGCGGACAUCCCGAUCAAGGCUGGCACCGAGCUCAACAUCACCACCGAUGAUGCCUAUGCCACCAAGUGCGACGACAAGAACAUGUACGUCGACUACAAGAACAUCACAAAGGUCAUUGAGGUCGGCCGCACCAUCUACGUCGAUGACGGUGUCCUCUCAUUCGAGGUCCUCGAGGUUGUCGACGACCAGACACUGAGGGUCAAGUGCGUGAACAACGGCAAGAUCUCCUCCAAGAAGGGUGUUAACCUGCCCAAGACCGACAUCGAUCUUCCCCCGCUGUCCGAGAAGGACAAGGCCGACUUGAAGUUCGGUGUCAAGAACAAGGUCGACAUGGUCUUUGCUUCGUUCAUCCGCCGCGGCAGCGACAUCACUGCUAUCCGUGAGGUGCUCGGCGAGGAGGGCAAGGACAUCCAGAUCAUUGCCAAGGUCGAGAACCAGCAAGGUGUGAACAACUUCGACGACAUCCUCAAGGAGACCGACGGUGUCAUGGUUGCCCGUGGUGACUUGGGUAUCGAGAUCCCGCCCAGCCAGGUCUUCAUUGCGCAGAAGAUGAUGAUCACAAAGUGCAACAUUGCCGGAAAGCCUGUCAUUUGCGCGACCCAGAUGCUCGAGUCCAUGACCUACAACCCUCGCCCAACCCGUGCCGAAGUCAGCGAUGUCGGAAACGCUGUCCUUGACGGAGCCGACUGCGUCAUGUUGUCUGGCGAGACUGCUAAGGGAGACUACCCCGUCGAGGCCGUUACCAUGAUGCACGAGACCUGCUUGCUCGCAGAGGUCGCUAUCCCAUACGUAAACGCAUUCGAUGAGCUGAGGAAACUGGCUCCUGUCCCUUGCCCUACCACAGAGACCUGCGCCAUGGCUGCCGUCAGCGCCAGUCUGGAGCAGAACGCUGGUGCGAUCUUGGUCUUGACCACCAGUGGUACCACCGCGCGCCUCGUUUCCAAGUACCGUCCCGUGUGCCCGAUCAUCAUGGUCACCCGUAAUGCUUCGGCUUCAAGGUACUCUCACCUGUACCGUGGUGUAUACCCCUUCUACUUCGCAGAGGAGAAGCCCGACUUCAAGGCCGCGCCAUGGCAGGAGGAUGUUGACCGCCGUUUGAAGUGGGGCAUCAUGAAUGCGAUCAAGCUCGGCGUGCUCGAGAAGGGUGCUCCCGUCAUCUGCGUCCAGGGCUGGAGAGGAGGAAUGGGCCACACCAACACCCUCCGCAUUGUACCUGCGACGGAAGAUCUUGGUUUGGACCAGGAGGCAUGAAGAUUAUAGAUCGCCCAAAAGUGGCACGAUGCAUAGAUAUAAGACGCUUGGUGUUUGCGCGGUAGAUGACAUGUGCAAAGCAUACCAAGCAUGACUCGUGCGAAGCAAUGACGGUCUGGUGCAUGCGUACGAGAUUGGCUGUAGCACUAGCAAAUGAAGUAAUUCCAA